AUGACGGAUAAUUUGUUAAAUAUAAAACAACGAACUAAAAUUAGUUUAAAUUCAAUGUUAUUUUGUGUGAUGAUAGUUUUUCAAACAAUUGCAUAUGGUUCUUAUUCAAUAUUAGUUCAUUUAUGUGAAAAAGAUGGCAUGAUUACGUUUUCUUCAGCAACAAUGAAUUUUUUCAUUGAAUUUAUAAAAUUAUUAUUUUCUUGUAAUGCUUUUAUUUGUUCGAAACGACUUCAUUUAAAUAGAAUUCAAAUUUUUUCAUGGUUCAAACAAUCAAUGUUAUAUUCAAUACCAGCUUUUCUUUAUUUUUUAAAUAAUAAUUUAGCUGUGCAUAUACAAAUUCAUAUGGAUCCAACAUCAUAUCAAAUUUUAUCAAAUUUUAAAAUAUUUACAACCGCUAUUCUCUAUCGUUUAAUUAUGAAAAAACACUUAACAAAACAACAAUGGUUUGCAUUAAUAUUACUUUUUUUUGGUGGUCUCACUUAUAGUUUAGGGACAUUUAAGAAUUCUCCCUUGAUUCCAAUGACUAUUACAAAUUCAACUGUAGAAAUACAAGAAAUGUAUAUACGUCCAUUAGGUAUUUCAAUGAUAGCUAUCUAUUGCACAUUAAGUGGUUUUGCUGGUGUUUAUAAUGAAUGGAUUUUAAAGAGAAAUUAUAGUGAAUCACUUCAUCUACAAAAUAUUUUUCUUUAUUCUUAUGGUACUUUUUUAAAUUUAAUACCAGCUAUUAGUAUCGUAAUAGCAAAUUCAAAAACUGUUAAAGAUGUAAAUCUAUUUCAAGGUUUUACAGUUUAUACAUGGUUACUUGUACUUACACAAGUAUUAAAUGGUUUAAUUAUGUCUAUAAUAAUGAAAUAUUUUUCAAACAUAAUUCGAUUAUUUAUUAUAUCAUUUUCUUUAGUAAUAGCUGCUUUUCUGUCUUCUUUUAUAUUUCAUAUUCAUUUUAAUACUUACUUUUUCAUUUCUAUGGUCACAAUGGUCUGUGCAUUGUCACUUUAUUAUACGAAUUGA